AUGGGCUCUCUAGCAACUCUCGAUGCAUCCGCAGCCGUAGGCCUACCCGCAUCUGCAAAGACCCUUUUCGACGCGAAGCACAAGAAGAAAGUAUCCUUUGAGGAUAUUUCAAAAGCUAUUGGACGAGACGAGGUAGCCACAGCUGCGUUGUUCUAUGGUUCAGCCAAGGCAUCUGAAGACGAUAUCAGACAUCUGGCUGAGUUCCUCGAAAUUGACCAAAGCACACUCGAUGCACAGAUGGGUGGCUUCCCAGAUCGAGGCCGAGGAAUCGAAAUGCCACCGAGAGAACCCUUGGUCUACAGGCUCUAUGAGAUCGUACAAAACUAUGGUUAUGCAUACAAGGCCGUGCUGAACGAGAAGUUUGGUGAUGGCAUCAUGAGCGCUAUUGCUUUCUCUUCACACGUUGAGAAGGAGGUUGACAAGGACGGGGUUACCUGGGUCAACAUUAGCCUGCGAGGCAAGUGGUUGCCAUUUACUCGCUUUUAG